AAGGCAUGCCUGUGAGCAGCCUGCAGCCCGUCCAGACUCUACACCGACCGGACCAGUUUGGAAUAUACUCUCCGUUUACAACUACAUCAAAUUCCCCCCUCUAAACUACACCUGCGUCUGCUCUGAGGGCAUUUUAAACAAGAACACACUCUCAAAAGGGUUGUUUUUGGUUUCUCGUUUAAAUAGAUUUUUGAAUUUGGCUGUAGUAUCUCCCAAAAACUCGUAGUUGCCCAUUCUUCCAAAUGCUUUGCCUGCAAGUCUCGCUUUGCAUGUGGGUAUAGCAGCCAGGUGGUUUACGGGAAAAGAGGAUUAUAACAUUGGAUAUUCUUUUCUUUUCUUUUUUUUUUAAUCUAAAUAAAGAAAAUCCUCUUCUUCUUUUUUGGAAGCACUCCCACUAUUUUGCGUCCACGAUGUCUGACGCUAACGCAGAAUGCAAUAUUAAGGUGUUAUGUCGAUUCCGUCCUUUGAACAAGUCUGAAAUCGUCCGCGGAGAUAAGUUCACCCCCGUAUUUCAAAGAGAAGACACUGUCAUCCUCGGGGGGAAAUCGUACGUGUUCGACCAGGUGUUUCCCACCAACGCCACACAGGAACAGGUCUACAACACCUGUGCCAAGCAGAUUGUCAAAGAUGUACUGGGUGGCUACAAUGGGACUAUCUUUGCCUAUGGGCAGACCUCCUCAGGAAAAACACACACCAUGGAGGGGAACUUGCACGACCCCCAGGGGAUGGGAAUCAUCCCGCGUAUUGCAGAGGAUAUAUUCGAACAUAUAUUUGCCAUGGAUGAGAACCUUGAGUUCCACAUUAAGGUUUCCUAUUUUGAGAUAUACAUGGAUAAAAUCCGGGACCUGCUGGAUGUGACAAAAACCAACCUGUCGGUGCAUGAAGACAAAUACAGAGUUCCUUACGUGAAGGGAUGCACAGAGCGCUUUGUCACAAGCCCAGAGGACGUGAUGGAUGUGAUAGAUGAAGGGAAGGCCAAUCGUCACGUUGCUGUUACCAACAUGAAUGAGCACAGUUCCCGCAGUCACAGCAUCUUCCUGAUAAACAUUAAACAAGAAAACGUGGAGACAGAGCAGAAGCUGUGUGGGAAGCUGUAUCUGGUCGACCUAGCUGGUAGUGAAAAGGUCAGUAAGACAGGUGCGGAGGGAGCAGUACUGGAUGAGGCCAAGAACAUCAACAAGUCUCUAUCAGCUCUGGGGAACGUCAUCUCAGCCUUGGCUGAGGGAACGAAAUCCCACGUGCCGUACCGUGACAGCAAAAUGACUCGCAUCUUACAGGACUCACUGGGCGGGAACUGUCGCACCACCAUGUUCAUCUGUUGCUCUCCCUCCAGCUACAAUGAUGCAGAAACCAAAUCUACCUUGAUGUUUGGCCAAAGAGCCAAGACCAUCAGAAAUACUGUAACAGUGAACCUGGAGCUCACAGCCGAGCAGUGGAAGAAGAAGUAUGAGAAGGAAAAAGAGAAGAACAGGUCAAUGAAGGAGACGAUUCAAAGACUGGAGGCUGAGCUGAACCACUGGAGGAAUGGUGAGGAUCUUGUUGUGCUGGAGCCUCUGAGCCCAGAAUCUGAGGAUGUCCCCUUGGUCCCUCCUGAGUCUGAGGAGCCAGUUCUCGACAUCUGCAGCCCCUGCAGCCCUUGCUCUGUCACCUCCUCCAUUGUGGUGCACAUCUCUGAGGAGGAGCGGCAGAAGUAUGAGGAAGAGAUCCGCAAGCUGUACAAACAGCUUGAUGAAAAGGAUGAUGAGAUCAACCACCAGAGCCAGAUGGUGGAGAAACUGAAGGAGCAGAUGCUGGACCAGGAGGAGCUUUUAGCAUCAUCCAGAGGGGACAGUGAGAAGGUUCAGUCAGAGCUCGGCAGGCUGCAGACAGAGAAUGAUUCCGCCAAGGCUGAGGUCAAAGAGGUCCUGCAGGCCCUGGAGGAGCUAGCAGUCAACUACGACCAGAAGAGCCUGGAGGUGGAGGAGAAGAGUGUGCAGAACAAGCUGCUGGCCGAGGAGCUUGCGAAGAAAAUGGCUCACCUCAUGGCUAUGGAGGCGGAGCUGUCGCGCAUCCAUGAGAUGACCAGUCACCAGAGGAAACGCAUCGCUGAGGUUCUCAACGGGCUGAUGAGGGACCUGAGCGAGUUCAGCACCAUUGUUGGAAACAGAGACAUCAAGCUGCCCAUGGAGAUCACCGGAGCGAUCGAGGAGGAAUUCACUGUGGCUCGCCUGUACAUCAGUAAGAUAAAGUCAGAGGUGAAGUCCAUGGUGAAGCGCUGCCGCCAUUUGGAAAACCUGCAGCUCGAGUGUCACCGCAAGAUGGAGGAGACAGGCAAGGAGUUGUCCUCAUGUCACCUCCUCGUGUCACAGCACGAGGCAAAGAUCCGCUCUCUAACGGAGUACAUGCAGAAUGUGGAGAGGAAGAAGAGACAGCUGGAGGACGGCUACGACUCCCUGAGCGAAGAGCUGGCCAAACUCCAAGCCCAAGAGAGAGUGUCAGAGGUGACCAGGGGCGAGAAUCACACAUCUGACCUGGAUUCCUGUGAUAUAAAGAGGGCUCUGGAGCAGCAGAUGGAGACGCACCGUGAGGCGCACAGCAAACAGCUCGGCCGCCUGCGAGACGAGAUCAAUGAGAAGCAGAAGAUCAUUGAUGACUUAACCGAUUGUAACCAGAAGCAGCAGCUGGAGUUGGAGCAACUGCACUGUGACUAUGAAUGCCUGAGGAGCAGAGAGCAUCACAAGAGCCGGCAGCUGGAGGAACUGACAUUUCUUCAUGAGCGACACGAGCAGUCAAAGCAGGACCUCAAAGGGCUGGAAGAGACUGUUGCUCGUGAGCUCCACACCCUGCACAACCUCCGCAAGCUUUUUGUUCAAGACCUCACGACUCGAGUUAGAAAAAGUGCACAGAUGGAGCGUGAUGACAGUGGGGGAUACAUCACCCAGAAACAGAAGAUUUCCUUUCUUGAAAACAACCUGGACCAGCUUACAAAAGUUCACAAGCAGCUGGUACGUGACAAUGCAGAUCUUCGCUGUGAACUUCCAAAACUGGAGAAACGUCUUCGGUCUACAGCUGAGCGUGUCAAGGCGCUUGAAGGUGCACUGAAGGAGGCAAAGGAAGGUGCGAUGAACGACCGCCACCGCUACCAGCAGGAAGUGGAGCGAAUCAAAGAUGUGAUGCGGGUUCGCAAUCCUUUCCGCCGGCCCCAUGCUGCACUGAUAGCCAAGCCUGUGCGUCCUGGCCAUUAUCCCCCCUGCUCUCCCACAAACCCCUUCUUCAUCCGAGGCUACAGCGAUCACCCCAUUGCCUUCCUCAAAGCUGAGUUCCACAACAGUAACCACAAAGAAGCAGCUGCUCCUCCUGCUGCUCCUGCUGCUCCUCCAGCUCCUCCUGCUCCUCCAGCUCCUCCUGCUCCUCCUGCCCCUGACACCCCAGAGAGUGAGAGUGAGCCCAGGAUACCCGAGACAAACUCAAACCAGAACAGCCCCUCCAAAAACCUUGACGACCGAAACAGCGAUUCAACUGACAAUGACUGUCAGAACAACACACUUCCAGCUGAGCCUGUGACCCAGACUGACAAGAACACUGCAGAGAUGCUCGAUUCAGAAAAUGGAAACAUCACAGAUAUCAAUGACAACAGCAUGAGUCUGAAUGUGAAUUCUGUGUCCAGAACUGACAUCUGUGACAAUCAGGACGCUGCCAGACUCUACAGCCUGCAGCCCAAGGCAACAGCCAGCUAAUAAACCAGAGCAGGCAGAUGUUCUUUCUGAGGCCUCUUCUGUAAAUUUGCAUGGAGUUGAUCACAGUCCUCUCAGCCUCUCCUCCCUCACCCACCCUUACCUGUUGUAAACAAUCCUCUCUCCCUCUCCUGUGUUCUCUUUCCUCCCUGUGCUUGCUCCUCUUCAAUCCCUCCUCCUUCCUGUACAACGAUACAGGGUUUAUGUUUAUAUCAGUGGGACAUGUGGCAAACACUGCAUCUCAAAUCUCCGGCCUGGCAGCUUACUCCCAUAAUGCUGCCUGUCCUCGCCCAUGACUUGGAAAACAAUGAGACUACAUGCAGGAAGGUGCAGUGCUGUAGGUAACCACCAGGAAGUGCUGUUUGUCCUGAUCAGGGAUCACAGUGUAUAGAAAGUACAUUCAACACUCAGUUGAGGGUUAUCAUGAUAAUUAUAUUUAAAAAAAAAACAUGCAUAUUGAUACAAAAACAGUGUGAACUUUGAGCUCACCUUGCUAAUAUUUAUACUUUUGACACUGCAUGUAGAUUUUUUGAUGUUGGUCUUCAGCUAAUCUCAUAAAAUAAAGGUUGAAGAGAAGCUUGUGAGGAAACAUGAUCAUCAAAUGUGUGAGGAUGAACUCUAACACAGGCAAAGUAAAGAAAGUCAGUGUAAACAGGAAAUGAAGUCUUGUAAGCUGUGGAACAGGCUGAGUUAUACGAAUCAACAAAUCUUAUGAAAAGACCAAAACCAACAAUGCUCUACUCUGUUUUUCUUUCAAAUGUCCAUACUUGCCCAGCGUGUGUAUGGCUUUCUGGCUCCAAUCAAAAGAAUACAUACAUUUUAAAAGCAACCCUUGAAUGUAUUGUUUUCAUUACGCCCAAAACAGCUGUUUUCUGUAGACCAGAGCAGGAGUAACCAAAAAAGGCUUUCAAAAUGUUUGAUAUCAAACAAAUAUUCUGUUCUAUAUUCAGCCAUGAUUUCAGACAUUUAUUGCUCGGCUGAGUUUUUACUGUUGUAGGAAGAUAUAUUUUGUGCACAAUAAAAAAAGACUGCAGUACCCAAACUCCUGAAAAUGAAAAGUGUGUCAUCCCAUGCAGCAGUGUGGUUCAUUGAUGGCUUUUGGAGACAAUGGGAAUCAUUGCACAGAGGAACAUAGAAACAGAGGAACACUCCACUAUUCAUCAGGCUUUAGAUUCAUUGUUGGUUUUUGCCUUUUAAUGGAAAAUUUUCACAAUAAAAUGAAUAAGGACUAUUUUCACAAUAAAAGGAAUGAGGACUACAUGAAGUUUCUGUACAAAUUAAAAGCAGUUUUGCUUUCUGUGAAUAUUUUCCCCUCAUCCUUAGAAAUGCAGUAAACUGUUAUUUUAAAUAUAACAUCUUAGAAAUAGUGUCUGUAGUCAAAGUAACAUAGUAUUUAGAUUAGAUGUAUUUUAGCUAGAAUAAUAAAUAUCAACUAAAAUACACAACUAUACCUGCAGUUUUUGAAAAAUUGGCGAAGCCUUAAUAUAGAGUGUUUGUACCGUUUGAUUAUUUUGCUAAAAUCAAUUAAAGAAAAAUUAGGUUUAUACAGAGACCAAUAAAAGUCUUGAAGACUUUUGUAUUUUGUUAUUCUUUGAAGAAUGUUUUUCAGAUACUUAAAUAUUAUAACGUUUUUCUCAUGUUUUAAUCUGACUUAUUGUAAACCAAAUAUACCCAUAAGAAGUAGCCUUCAGAAGCUUUUUGUUCACUCUUUUCAUAAAACCUCAGAAACUCUCACACGACUCUUCUGGUGGCAUGAUCUCACCAGGUGCAGGAAGCGAGUAGUGACAAAUGAGGAAGUUGGUUUGAGCACUGUUUGAAAUAAACCAUUCAGAUCUUCAGAGGAUAAAAAUCUGCCUGCAUGAAUUCUGCUUCACUGCACCGGUGUGACCUGGACUGAGAAUCAGCUUCAUCAAGUGUUAAGUGAUUUCUGACUGUGUUGUUAUACAGAGACUUACAAGCUGUAAAUCAUCCCUGAUAGAUUUGCUUGUUAGGGAUCAUCAGUGAGAUAUUCAGUCAUUGUCAUGACAACCAAAAGCAUGGCAGAAAGGGAAAAAAACAGAAUUGUGUAGCAACUAUUUUUAUACUGCAAGUUUAAAAGAAGAAUAUAUUAUUUAUCAUUUGCUCUAUCUUAAAUGUUGUUUAUUAUUUGCUUUUCAUGCUUUAUUUAUUGGGGCUGAGUUUUUAAUUUGUUGUGAUGUGUAAAUGUUAACUUUGUUUCAGACACUGAGGAAUGCUUUGGAUUUCAGAUUUCCACUGAUAUGUCCCUGAAUGAAAACUGUGAUGCAGAUAUGGUUACAAAGUGAAUUUGUUUCAGAGAUGAGCAAACUUAAUACGGUUCUUUAUGAACCACAUCAGAAUGAAACCAAAGCCCUGACUGACAUUGAGUCAUUUAUGGACGCUGCUCUGCAGUAGUCCAUAUAAGAUCAGGUGGAGACAUGUAUCAGGGGUUACUUUAGGUUAUCAAGAGCUGAUACAGUCCUGUCUUCUCCCUGCGACACACAUGCACUCAUACAGAUACUGCAUCUCAUCAGCCAAUGAGGUGAUGACCUUUGACCCCUAAAUAUGGAUACAUCACAAUUUCUAUAUUACUUGGGUACAGUCUGAGCAGAUAAGGUGAUUGACUCCAUGCACACAAGAUCUCUGUUUACAUCCUGAUCAGCCAGUCAGGGUGAGAGAGUCAAGGGUAGCAAUGGAGGCAUAUCUGUGUGUGUGUGUGUGUGUGUGUGUGUGUGUGUGUGUGUGUGUGUGUGUGUGUGUGUGUGUGUGUGUGUGUGUGUGCGUGCGUGCGUGCGUGCGUGCGUGCGUGCGUGCGUGCGUGUGUGUGUAUGUGUGUGUGUGUGUGUGUAGCCUGAGAGAAAACAGGAGCUGUAUCUUCUUGAAAAAGUAUUUUCUUUUACUUCCAAAUACAGUGUUAAUAUUGUGUAUAUAUGGGGUACCAAUGAAACACUUGCAGGGUAUUUACAGGUUAGACUUGAGGGAGGAAUUUCAUGAAGGGGUAAACAAAAUGAAUUUAUGGGAUGCCUGGUUAGCCUCACAGUUAAAGCACAUGGUCAGGAGGCUGGAUUCGACUCCUUGCUGCAUGUCAUCCCCCCCACUCUCUGCUCCCCACAGAUCCUGUCUCUGAACAGACAGGGGACCAGCAAGUCCUCAGUUUAGUGGCCAUUUUUUAGGAUCCAAACUACCCAGACGCUUUUAAAAAAAAUAUUUUUAUCAUGUUAUCUCUCAGAGAGAACAUAUGUAUUUUGCCCCACAAUAUUUUACAAUAUCACAACAUGACAGUUAAAAAGAGUCGCUUGGUUUUUAUCUCACGUUGGUUUUAUUUUCAGCUUAUGUUUCAUCAGAUUCUUUAGUGUUUUUGAAUCUUUCAUCAAAGACUUAAUUGAUUUAUAGCAGCUAAUACUGAUGUAAAGUUACACACAUCCUUUUUCAUCAGUGACGUAUGACGUUUAUUAACUACUUCUUUGUUGAAAUAUGAUCUCAUAAAAUGCAUCAAAACUAAUUUCAAUAUCAGCACCACUACCAUAUUCUCCUCAGAGAUUCACAGCAGAGUAACAACACCUUGCGGGACUCAUCUAAUUGGGUCAAAAGAAAACGAUGAUACCAUUUUUGCCAUGUCAGCUUUUGUGCUGCAGUAAGCAUGCACCAGGCUCUAAGGUUCUCAUUUGUUUUAUAUCCUAACAUCUUGUAGUCCUCCCCUAUUGUCCCUAUCCACUUUGUGUUCAACGUGGUUACCCUGUAAAUGAUUCAUUGAUACCCUCUAUUAAACAGAUUUUAUUGUAAAUGAAGCUGCAAUCUAAAGUAUUACUAACAGACAGUAUUUUCUUAUUAUAUCGAGGCUUAUCAUGAAUACAUGAAGCACUUUAUCUCUUUUUUCUUUAUCCCUCUUUGUUCCUUUCAAACCCUUCACAGAGUAUGUAAUUCUGCAUUUCAAUUGAUUACAUCUGAAGAGGAAAAAAGGUCACUGAACUAUUGAAACUUUGCAUUAUCACUGAAGUUGAGUGUGUUUGCACAACCUAUAGAAACCAUGAGUUGAAUGUGAACGGCCUUUUCUGUCAAUAAAAGCCACAAAGAAAACAACUGUUCUCCUGACAUGCACUGAGGCUUUGUACUGAGCUGUAACUGUUUGGGUGAUUGAGUGUGAAAUUUGUUUUCAGUCUUAUUGUUUGUUUUAUGGUGGCUGUAACCCAUCUGAAAAUAUUCUGGCAAGGUAAAUAAUGUGUGAAAAUGUAGCCUAAAUAUGCAGAAAUAAAACAAUGACAAGAAUGGGAGGCCGGUUUAAAAUAUACAGAGGCAAGAUGUCUGUGUUUGUUUGUACAUUUGUGCGUUGGUUGGUCUGUUUAUGGCGUGUGACUUAGUGCAUGCAGUACUUUCUUCUGUAGCCGCUGAGAAACAGUACUGUUAUCUCAUGAGACUCCUUUCAAUAAAGAUGAUCCUGUGUACAUAUGAUUA